CACUGCGCUUCCCCGGUGCCUGGGGCAGGGUGCCACUCAUCCGCCACUAGUGAUCACUGAACUUUUGUGGUUGACUCGCGGUUGUGAUCAAGUGCACCCGGGUCUCAAGGUCGAACCCGAGCGUUGCCGACGCGUGCUCGCGGCCAAGGCCGCUUCGUGGCGCCUCCCCAGCGGCCGUUUAGUAUACGAUCAGGUAGUGGUGCGGAGCGCGGCAGCCGGUUCUCGUGUGCGCACCUGUUGCCGUCGGCAGCAUGUACAAGAAGGAGCGGCCCAAGCUUUCUGUAACUGCUCUGUUGUACGGCUCUGCGGGGCCUGCGGCCUCGUGGCCGACGCGACCGCUGCAGCCUCCUGAUAUUUCUCCCCCGGGCAUCCGCGCAGCGCCGGGCUUGAACGGCGGGGCUUCCAACGGGGUCUCAAGCAGCCUUCCGCCGCAGCCGUCAUUCCUGCUGAGCGGCUACGGCGCACCUUCGGCCAGUCGAUCACCGUUGGACGGUCGUCAGCUGAACAACGGACCUCCGGCCACUCCGCAACAGCAACAACAAGCCACGCGCUAUCCUCCUAACCACCCGCUGAGCGGCUCCAAGCACCUCUGCUCCAUUUGCGGAGAUCGGGCUUCGGGAAAGCACUAUGGGGUGUACAGCUGUGAAGGAUGUAAGGGCUUCUUCAAGCGCACGGUGCGGAAAGACUUGACAUAUGCCUGCCGAGAGGAGCGAAAUUGUGUCAUAGACAAACGGCAGCGUAACCGGUGUCAGUACUGUCGCUAUCAGAAGUGCCUCUCUUGUGGCAUGAAGCGGGAGGCAGUGCAAGAGGAACGGCAGCGCACAAAGGACCGUGCUGACAGUGAAGUGGAGAGCACGAGCGGUGGAGUGCCCCCCGAGAUGCCCCUGGAACGCAUACUGGAAGCUGAGUUGCGAGUUGAGCCACACACUGGCACCCUGUCGGAGAGUGUCCAGCAGCAGGACCCUGUGAGCAGCAUUUGCCAAGCGGCUGACCGGCAGCUUCAUCAGUUGGUCCAGUGGGCCAAGCACAUUCCACAUUUUGAAGAGCUUCCCCUCGAGGACCGCAUGGUGCUGCUUAAGGCCGGCUGGAAUGAGCUGCUCAUUGCCGCCUUUUCGCACCGGUCCAUAGAUGUGCGUGAUGGCAUUGUGCUGGCAACAGGCCUCGUGGUGCAGCGACAUAGUGCUCACAGCGCUGGCGUUGGAGCCAUCUUCGACCGGGUACUCACUGAAUUGGUGGCCAAGAUGCGCGAGAUGAAAAUGGAUCGCACCGAGCUUGGCUGCCUGCGUGCUGUGGUCCUUUUUAAUCCUGAGGCGAAGGGUCUACGCAGCACUGCCCAAGUGGAGGCCCUAAGGGAGAAAGUAUACGCUGCCUUGGAAGAGCACUGCCGGCAGCAGUACCCCGACCAGCCAGGACGCUUUGCCAAGCUGCUUUUGCGACUUCCAGCCCUGCGCAGCAUCGGCCUGAAGUGCCUCGAGCACCUCUUUUUCUUCAAGCUCAUUGGGGACACCCCAAUCGACAAUUUCCUCUUAUCCAUGCUGGAGGCCCCAUCUGACCCAUGAGGAAUUGCACUGUACAGGCUCUCUGGGAGAGUGGUGCCCUGCUUAUUUUGGUUAUCUUGUACAAACCUAGCCUGAAUCGGAGCAUGCUGGCAACAACUGCUUCUAAAGUUCUAUGCUGGUUCUGUUAACUGCCACAUGGCCAUCCCAGGGUGACUGUAUACGGGUAAAUAUAUACUACAUUUCCUUGAUGGAACUGCUUUCCAUCACUUUUGACUGCAGUGGGUGUCGGGCACUUCAGUAAUAUGACUUGCCCUUGUUAUGUAGACCCUUUUCAUUAUUGUAAAGCUUACUUCCGUGCAAAAGAGUUUUCCCAACUAAUGGCGGGAUAGUCAUUUUUGCAAACAGCGUGUACAAGCUCAGUUUGCUUGUAUUAUUAUGUGGAAAAUGUAGAUGUGGCUCUCCUGAUGAAACCAUGUGCAUGAGACAAGCCCCAGCAUGUGCAGCUAGCACUUCUUCAUUUGAACAAUGGCUGGUGCUGCCAUUAGUUGGGCAAAUGUGGAGUGCAGAGAAGUGCACUUGUGAAUUUUGAAAGGACUUUACAUGUUGAAUGUAUGUCUGCAAGGUUAGCUUCCACAAUAGUCUUAACACUGUUCUCAAAUCUAAUGUUAAGAGACUGCCCCCUUUUUUUUCGCUUAAGUAAUGCAAUGUAGAGGACGCUUAAGAAACUACAUGUGUGUUGUCGUAUUGCAUACAAGGCAUUAUUUUCUUUGCUGUCUUACUUAGGACAGGUAGACCAAAAAGAGAACUUAUCAAAAGGUCAAGUUUGGUUGCCGUGCACUCAUUUCUACAGUUUUUUUCCUCUCUGUGUGUGAAAUUGGAUCGUGUGCAAAGGCCACCUAUAUUUUCGAAACCAGCUAUCAUUAUGAAAAAUUGACAAAACAGGAAGACUGUAUAUGCUUGCACCACAGUGGCUUCUUAUUAAUGUCGCAGCAAAAAAAUGAAUGUUUUAGGAUAUUAUGGCUAUGUUUUCAUCCUUUUAAGAUGUUAAAUCUGUGACCUGCUGUAAUUUAAUGGCUCUGGGGACCAUAUUCUGUAUUAACAGAUGGGUUCCACCCUCAGAACAUGUCAGUUGCCUUUAUUUAUGUAUAUAUUUUUCAUGGUGCAGUAUGAUAUAUAACAUGAGUUAUGUCUCUCAUGAAAUUACUAGUUAUACAUAGUGUGGCUCUGCUUGCAUUUAUUGAGCUAAUGUUUGGUUCAGUGUGUUUUUGGUACCUGGCUAUAAGAAAAGAAAGCGCACACUUAUGUUGGCCAGCCUUCAUGAAGCAACUCACCAGUUGUCGUCAGCACAACUGUUUCAGCACAAAGUUUGUUUAGUAAGCAUGUAUGUGAAGUGGUGAAGUAGACAUGUUAAAGGCACAUUAGUUUGCUUAUUUUUAUUAUGUUUUUUGUUGUGGUUGCCUGUAGAGCACUGGCUAGUAGUGGAACAGUCGGGAGUAAGUGGAAAAUAGUUGUAUGUGAAUGCUGUGCUGCUAGAAGCUUUAUACUUUAUUCUGUGUUGUGGAGGAAUGACCUUUUUUGGUGGAUUUCCAGUGCAUGCACGACAGUCAAGUACAGGCAGCUUCAGAUCACUCGUCACAACCAAAACUCUUUGGCAAACAAUGUGCUAUGUUGUUAAAGUCAAGAUAGUAGCCAGCAGUAAUUGUACUUUUUUCACUGGCCUCUGCUUGUGUUUCUGUGUUGUUAUUCAUAUGAAUUUCUGAAACUGUGAUUUGCAGACACUACAGUUGAACCUCACAAUAACGAAAUGGGUGGAGAAAGCAAAAAAAAUCGCAUUCACGAGAAUUUCGUUGUUGCGAAAUGAGACAGCACAGAUAGGUAAUGCGUCGCAGAACGAAACUCUACUGUCAAAAUUCCGUUAGCCUACUUUGGCAAGCUUUGCUUGAGCAUAUAGAACCGCAUUGCUGACAGUACAAGUGCACCACAUGCGUCAAUCAUUAGUGGCAGCACUGCCGUGGAGCAGUAUUCUCGGGCAAUUGCUUUCGGAAAUACAAUUACUUUUGUGAGAUUUUGCGUAACUCGGCACCGGACGCAGAGCAGCAGCGCUCCACACAUGCAGUAGCAUUUCUUCAGCACACGCUGUCACCCGUAAGCACCACCACAACCGGUGCCGAGUGCGAAAGUGAUCGUAUCUCGUAUAGCCGAAGGCAGUUGGGGGGGGAUCGAGAUUAUGGCCCCUCUGCGAAAAUCUAUGUUCGCUGCCGAAUCUGCACGUGAUGCCUGUCAGAUGGCACCAAAACCAGUGUUCUGGAAGCAAGAGAUGCGUAUUCCCAGAUGAUCGCUCAAUCACGGCACGAUGCGUGGCACUCCAUGCUGCGACCGCCAUCGCUAGCGCUAUAAACAAUUCAACAUCGAUGGGACGUGGAUUUCCUUGAUUUUGCUGCAUUUUUCACACCAAGGUGCACAUACGCACUGCACUAGGUGUGCAAAAACUGUUGUCGCAUGCCGGUAGCAACAUGUGUGCCGCUUCAAACAGGCAGUCAACCCAAGAUGGUGGCCGUGACGUGUUUCCAGCGCAUGCAAUCGCUUUGGGCGCUUGGUUGUUUUUGUAAGCAAAAUUGGCGGCCCCCACACAAGCGUAAUGUGGUGGUAUUGUACACAAUUUUAGUGCAAGGCAAUCACAUUUGAGCACAUUUUGGAGCCUGCUAGCCUUACCUGAACAGGUAAUAUGUGGGGUUACGUUCUGGCAAAUUUCCUUGGUGCAGAAUUGUAGUACAGCAACAUUUCGUCGUCGAGAGGUACGAAAUGCAUUGAAUCCUAUGGGCGUUCACUGGGGAUUUGAAAAUAUUUAUUUCUCGCGGGAUUUCGUUAUCGAAGGUUUUGACUGUAUUGUCAAUUGUGUAGGCAUUGUGUAGGCAGCGUGCUAGACUACUCUUGUAAGUGAGUGGUUUAAGCACCUUUGUGCGACCAUAAAGUAUGGCAGUGCAGGAAAGUUGUAGAUUUUGAGCACCUACUACUUGCUUUUAAUCUUUUAGCAAAGCAAACUUUAAAACUAGUUUCUGUGUUAUGUCCCUCUAGACAGUGUGGUCUGAGGCACUUCAUUUCUGAAGGUCUAGAGAUGCGUGGCAAGUUGAUAUAUACGUACAUUGCUUGAAGCAGCGAAUCUCAUUGCUCGUCUUGGAGUCCAGCAAGUGCUUUCCUUCCAUAUGUGGCAUGUGUUACAGUGUAUGGAUGCUUCCUCACUGAUGUUAGCAUUCAUUUUACAGUACCAUCUGGCAUGUCAAAAUGUGCACAGUUCCUUUUUUAUUCACAAACUGGUGAUGUAUAUCUUAUACAUAAACCAUGCCAUUCAUGACAUGCAUAGCACUUCAGCACUACGCUCACUUUUAUUUUUUUUCCUUCAAGCAGUUUUAAUGCAAUUGUGUACUGUCAUGCAAAAACAUUUUUUUUUAAAUUUUUAAUAAUAAGGUCUGAAAGGCACCGCUCUUCGAUUUCUUAAAGGGCCCCUCACCAGGUCUGGUCAUUUUGAGCUGACAAGCGCUGCGCAUACAAUUUGUGCUCACAAUCAUCUCUGCUAAGUAUUGCAUUGCUACGUGCUACAGAAAGAGCUGGAAUUUCAAACCAAAUGCCAUUUACCAUUCUCCUCGCAAGCGCCAUGCUCCAAACAGUAGGGAUGACGUACAUGUGCAAGUGCGCCUAUGUACAUGUGUCUGUGCUGUGACAUCACUCAGUGACACGCGACUUCAAUAAUUAUUCAAGGCAACAUCUGUUAUCUGUGUCAUCUGUUGCUUCAAUAGACGAAUUAAAGUUUAGAGAAACAUUAAAACCCACAAACCAAAUGUAUGCGUCUUUUGUUUUAAUUCGUAUCGCAGCAAGAGACAUUUACGUCCCUUUCAUCUGCUUAUUCCCAUGUCAUGCUCGCGCACGCAGACGUCGAAACUAUGUCAUUUUCUACUGUGUUCCAGUGCGCGAUCAUGCUCUGUGAUCCGCUUGUGUCUGCCUCAGUGUUGUGUAGCACUUAUACCGCUAGUGAAGUGUUCUUGUGCACAGCAUGCAAAAUCGUGCGCUGCGCAAUACAAGACUAAUGUAACAGCUCACGCACGACACCAUCAGUGGAAGUGCGCCGUGCAGCAAAAAAGCGAGGAAAAAAAAUGAAGGUGGGGCCCGCGACAUAUGCAUCACGCGAUCCUCAAGCUCUGGUACGGGAGAACACAAAGAAGGAAUUCCGCUUGCAGAGGCUAGGCAGCACAAGUGGAGAGAGUGUCUCUCUUGGCAGUGGCACUCGCUUCCCGAAAUCAUGGGCUUGCGGCACUGGAAUAUUUCUAUCUCGGCUAUUAAUGAACCAAUUUGGAAAAUUCCUGCAGCGGAACGCUCCAUAGAGGGCAUGUAACAACUUCGAGCAUAUAACCAAAAUUUGCUACGUGGCCUGGUGAGGGGCCCUUUAAGUGAAAAUUGGAUGUGGCAGUAUACCUUCAGACUUGACCAUCUCUGCACUUUCAUUGAAAACUUGCAUAAUUAGCAUCACACUUUUUACCUUGUAUGGCAAAUCCUUAGAACUUUUGUUUUCACAUUCAUUCUGCUGUUGCCUCUACACAAAAAGGUAACAGAAAAGAAAUUGUGCAAGUCCAACACAAUCUUAGCAUCUAAAUGAAGCGAAGCUUUCAUCCUAUGGUUAGGUGCAUUUCCCAAUGUCGGACAAAGCCACAUUGAAGGGCGCACCCAUCUUCCAUUGAAGAUGCAAAUGCGUGACCUUGACUGAAAUGCAGAAACUGCGAGUUAAAAGCCGAUGUGUUUAUAUUUUCUUGCACAGUGUAGUGUCUUUUUUGCAGUUCAGGAAAAUUAAUUAUUUACUCGCGUAGUAUAUAUGCGGGGUUUUGAGGGUGGCAACUUAAGAGGGAGCAUGCUCAUGUAGCGAUGCGGUCACUACAUUGCACACGCUUGAAUGAGUUCCUCCUCAUCUUCCCGCAGAAGGAGUGCGGGGAAAUUCUAGCAGGAUGCUCAAGGUGGUCCGGUGCACGGAGUAGUACGAGCUGUACUUCAACUCACUUAGGGUAUCCAACCUGCGAGCAAAAACGUGGUCUAUUGCAUACCCCCUGCAAAACAUGAUAGCAAACUGGCUUGGGGGCAUAUUGAAAUGCAAUAUCAACUUGAGACCGUAGGUGACCUUCAUGAAAUUGAGGAUCCACGUGCUUUGGGGUUUGUGAAGAUCUACAUUAAGGUCCCCAUGACAAUUAGAGGCAUCUUCAUGUCUGUGUUGUUGUCGUAGCCCAGAGUUAUACUGAAAAGGGCAAACUGAACUAAACAUUAUUCCCUCCUUCCCCCUUAGCCCUACUCCUUCUUCUGAGGAAAGGGGGGGGGGGGGAUUCGCUGAGGCUUCCCUCUGAGCCCUACUCAGCAAGACAGGACUCUACGACAAGAAGCAAGGAAUACUUGACAAAGAAAGCUUCACAAUGCAUUGAUAUGCUUAAUGUUACACCUGUGGUCGAUAUGCUAGGGCUAGUCAGUGCGGAAUAGCACUCUUCUUUGCUGAAAAUAGAUACAAGGAAAUUUGCACUAGCGACUAGCAUAGAAAUGAAUAGGCCUAGUGGCAUAUUUGCCAAGAGCAAUAACAGUCCUUCACUUGGGUGCGCAAGCUCUGCCAGAGUGAAAAAUAUACCUGCCUCCUGGCAAGCCUAUGUCAUGCAACAUUUUAAUAGAUGACCACAAGAUUGCAUAUAUAUUAUCUUGCAAGUUUAACCUUGACAGUGCAGGCCAAGCACAAUAUUUAUUUGUAAAAAGAAUGGGACAAGCUGCUGAAUACAGAUUUUAAUGUGCAUAGCAUUGUUCUUUGACAAAAACUUAGCUACCAUUUUGUUUCUGACAAAGUUUUGCUGCUCAAAGCUCUACUCCUGAGCACAGUGUGCUGCAUACUGGGCAGCACGUGCCAACUGUUAUGGCUAGUUAGUGAUCCCGGUGCUGUGACUUCUGUCACUUUAUUUUGCUUGUUGAAGAUGUUUCUUUGUAGCACUGCAUGUCUGUGCUCGUGUUUUUCAUACUAGUGCACUUCACAAAGAGUUCAUGUCACAUGGUUUACACCAGCAUGGAGUCGUUGUGGUCGUCACAUUUUCACAUAAGCAUCUUGUAGAUAGAAUUGAAUGCAUUGUUUUGUUGUUGUGUGGGUGCUCUAUUGAGGCCCUGUCUUGGAGCUUUCCACUUGUUAAUUUUGUGGUGUCAAAACCCAAUGCUUCUCUGUUAGUUUCUGUCAUAGUAGAUCUUACAAUCAUGUUCUUGUUCGACACUGCCCUGUAGAAGUCCACCUGAUUGUGCCAGCAUUCUUUAUUCACUGAGAGCAUCACUGUGGUGCUGAGUUGCAGCUGAGUCUGGCUCAAGUGAUAAAGCCGCCAAGGCUGUGGCAGCACUAAUACAGAAGUGUCUUAUAUGCAUGAAAAAAAAAAAUGUUUUGUGGUUCUCAUCUGUCAGGCUUGUGACCUUUGCAAGCAGUUUCUUGGCAGAGUUCUGCAUCAUUGUUUUGUACACACAAUAGUUAUUAAAAUGAUUUAAAUACCGAA